AUGUUAAACUAUAGUAACGAUGGAAAUAUUAAUGAAUAUAAAAAGGAAAAAUUAAAUUACUUAAAGAAACAGAAAGGGAAGGGGGAAAAUAAGGAGAAGGAGGAAGAAUAUGAAAAAAGCGAUGAUUCGGAUAAACAGAUAAUGGUUGUAAACAGAAAGAUAAAAUCCCAAAUAUUCUUCGAGCCGCAUAAUAAGAAAAACAUAAAGGAUAUGAAUAAUAAGAUGAUAAUUAAAAAAAAAAAGACGAUUAUUUGUCAUGAACCAAUUGGCGAUUUUAAGCAUAAUAAAAGUAAGCAAAUAGGGAAUAUGUUGACAAAAAAUACUUCAAAUCCCUCUAAUUUUAAAAAUGCAGAAAAAGUAUUACAAAAAAGUCGUACCUCCUUAAUAGUUAAACAAAAUAAAAUCAUGAACAAGUCAGGAAUAAAUGACAAUAUAAAAAUGGAGGAGAAUAUCAGAAAUAAAAACAACUUACAAAAUAAUGUUGAAGCGCAUGAUAAACAAGAAAACGAUACCAUAGGAAAAAAAACAGAUGAGAGCGAUAAAUGCGUGGACUUACACUUUUCCAGUGAAAUUAUGAACAGUAAAUGUGCUAAUUAUUGCAUCCUGGAGACAAACGCAAUAGCUGAUGCACAUUCCGAUAGAAUAAAAUAUAAUGACCCAAAUGAUAUGACGGAAGGUAAAAUAAUCGGUGAUAAGGAUGACAAUAGUCAUUAUAAUAAAGAAAUAAAUAAAAUACAGAGCCACAAUAGAGCCAAUCAAAACGAUAACUCAAAUGACUUUUGUUCAUACGAAAUAGCUAGCCAGUAUGUAUUACAAGAAUGCAAAAAAACACGUAGAGAAGUAUGUGAAGAAGUAUACGACAAAGAACAUGAAGAAUGGUAUGCAUACACUAAUGACAAAAAACAACAUAACCAUUAUCAUUACGACUACAUUGAUGAAAAGGUAGAGGAAAAAAGAUUUCAUAUGAACAAUAAUUAUAUUUAUAAGAAAAAUAAAAAUAAUUAUGUUGAUAGGGAAAAAGAGUAUACUUUUAUAGACAAGACAAACGAAAACACCGAUUCGGUCAUAAAAUAUGAAGAAUUCGAAUUAGACGAAAUAAAUAAGGAGUUAGAACAAAUUGUUGAAGAAGAAAAUCGUAUACAAGAAAAAUUAAUUUAUUUAACCAAUAAAGAACUGGACAUAGUUAUUAAAAGAAGGCAACGAGCGCAUAAUAUAUAUCUUAAUAAAAUGGAGAAUAGUUGCAAAAAGGAUUGCUCCGACGAAUAUACGUGUUGA